CAGAUUAUAACAUGGAAUUGCUCACUCAUUCAUUCUGUAAUUCAUUAUUUUUCUUGCCAUGUUAUUUGGGUUGUUUUUGUGUCGUGAAGAAAGAUUUAUUGUAAUUUAUCCUAGAAAAUCCGAAAUAAAGUAACAAUAUCAUAAGUUCCACCUAUUUGAACCUUCCUAGCGCGCUGAAAUAAGUCUACGAUGAAGAUACAAGUGUCGACCUUGUAUACCAACGUCUAUGUAUUUUGGUUGGCACAGUGAAGAAAAAGUGAAUUACUGUAAUUAGAAAAGCUGCCUUUUUGUCCUCAAUCGAAUUGUAACGAUGUGUUAUUUUGUGUAAAAUAUAACCGAACUAGUCGACUAAGAAGAUCAGUUUUACGCAGUAUUAUGUGUAUAGUGUGUGGUAAAGACCACCUGGAGUUCAGGCCUGUAACUUCACCAUGACUAUGUUUCCCUCGUCUGGUAUGGGCGCAGCACCUCAACAGCCGACAAAUCAAGUCGCUCAGAACGGCAGCACGACCCUACCCCGGUCGCACCAUCAAAGAACAGGUCGACCCCCGGCAGCCCCAAAGUCUUAUGACUAUCUCUUGAAAGUGUUGCUAGUGGGAGACUCUGAUGUUGGCAAACAAGAAAUAUUGCAAGACUUAGAAGAUGGCUCAGCUGAUUCACCAUUUUGCAGUGGAAGUGCAUAUAAAACCACAACAAUACUGCUUGACGGUAAGAGGGUAAAGCUGCAGCUAUGGGAUACGUCAGGGCAAGGCAGGUUCUGCACCAUCAUCCGUUCCUACUCCAGGGGUGCCCAAGGCAUCCUUCUGGUUUAUGACAUUACCAAUAAAUGGUCAUUUGAUAGUAUUGACAGGUGGCUAGAAGAAGUUGAACAGCAUGCACCAGGAGUGCCAAAGGUAUUGGUCGGCAAUCGACUCCAUCUUGCUUUCAAACGACAAGUUCAGGAAAGGGACGCUGAAUUAUAUGCUGCAAAAAAUCACAUGGCGUUUUUCGAAGUCAGUCCCCUAUGUGACUUUAAUAUCAGAGAAAGUUUCUGUGAAUUGUCCAGAAUGGCGUUACAUCGUAAUGGAAUGGAAAGGCUAUGGAGAAGUAAUAAAGUGCUAAGUCUCCAAGAGCUGUGUUGCCGUGCGAUAGUCGCGCGCACGUGUGUGUACGGCUUAGAGCGGCUCCCGUUGCCGACGGCUCUGAAGUCGCACCUCAAGUCGUACGCCAUCUCCGCCGCGCCUUCUCGCCGCCGCGCGCGACCCACCCCCCACCACACCCGCCUCAACUGCACCGGAAGAAACUCCUGCUGCAUUUCGUAAACACUACGGAAUAGAACCUAAAGGUAGACAUUUUCUGCAUCUCAACGGUAUUCCUUUACGGAAGUUAAAUGAUACAUUCAUAGAUAUCGAUACGAAAUUACUUUUACGGUGUGACUUGAUAGCCAUCAUGAUUGCAUGAAGAGAUUUUUAAGUAACAAUCAAUAAUCCUGAUAAUAACAGUGAAUUACUGUUCCUAGCUUUUAGACGCCCAAAUCUGUCUGUGAAGCGGUGCUAAAAUGAAUGCUGUCAUCAGUCACUGUCAAACGAUCUCCGAGGAUGAUUUUAUCACUAAAAGAAACAUCAGUCACCAUAAUAAUAUC